CGCACUGGGACAAACCAAAUCGCGUUUUUGCGUUUAGUGAAAUCUCUAAAGCAGGUGCACGUGUUUGUCCCAAACGUGUUUCCGUAAGCUCCCAGCUCGCCUCAUGAAGAAGUCACCAGGGAAAAUGGCGGGUGCUGGAAAGAAAAGCGAAGCCGGAUCUGCUGGGCUUGUGGGCUGGAUCAGCUCCACGUACCGAUUUGCGACUGACAGAAAUGAUUUCAGAAGGAAUCUUCUUGUGAAUCUAGGUUUGUUUGCAGUAGGCGUUUGGGUGGCGAGGAAUUUGUCAGACUUUGACCUGAUGUCACCUCAACCAGUCACAUAGUUCCAGUCAAAUCAUGGACUUUUGCAAGAGGAGAGGACCAAUUUCUUAUGAACGAGACUGGAGCUUUCUACCAGAAGCAAUGAUGGGAUAAGACCAGCGAACACUGAAUAGAAAAACAGCCAAUGAAGCAUUGUUAAAAGCUUUAGUACACUUUUUUUUUUUAAAAAGAGACAAUGAACGGCUGACUAUCACAAAUGUCAAACUUUAUUUAGUAUAAAUAAUUUCAUAAGUUAAAGUUCACAAUUGAUAUGAUCGGUCAUUCUAGCAGAUUGUUAUACAGUAGGAUUAAAACAGUUAUGUAGAACACUUAAUAAAAAUGUUUAAACAUUCUUGA